UUUCCGUGGGGAGCGUCCUCCGGGGACACCGGCCCCCUCGCUUCCUGCCCGGUAGCGGACGGGCCGGCCGGGCGGGCGAUGGGCUGGCAGGCCUGAGGCGGCGGCGGCGGCGGCGGCGGCGACGGGGGAGCCAUGGAUCCUGGCGGGGGCGGCGGCUGCCCCGGGCCCGGCGGCGGCGGCGGGGGGAAGCCGGGCCUGCAGGUGGUCUACCAGGCCGUGCAGGCGCUCUACCACGACCCGGACCCCAGCGGCAAGGAGCGCGCCAGCCUGUGGCUCGGGGAGCUCCAGCGAUCGGUCCACGCCUGGGAGAUUUCCGACCAGCUGCUGCAGAUCCGGCAGGACGUGGAGUCGUGCUACUUUGCGGCUCAAACCAUGAAGAUGAAAAUCCAGACCUCAUUCUACGAGCUCCCGACGGACUCGCACGCCUCUCUGCGGGACUCUUUGCUGUCCCACAUCCAGAACUUGAAAGACAUGUCCCCUGUCAUUGUCACCCAGCUUGCCCUCGCAAUAGCAGACCUCGCCUUGCAGAUGGCCUCGUGGAAGGGCUGCGUACACACACUGGUUGAAAGUAAGUACAAUAACGACGUGACGUCGCUGCCCUUCUUGCUGGAGAUCCUGACGGUGCUGCCAGGAGAGGAAUCACAGCCGCUCGCGUAAUCGCUUGCCAGACCCAACCGCGCCGUGACCGAGAUCAUCGAGGAUCUGGCCUUCCUGCACUCCACCCCUUUGAGUCUCCUGCAGAUGACCUGUGUGGGGAAGACCGGCAGCGACGAGAAGAUGCUCAUGAAGAUCUUCCGCUGCCUGGGAAGCUGGUUCAACCUGGGGGUCCUGGACAGCACCUUCAUGGCCAACAGCAAGCUGCUCUCGCUCCUCUUCGAGGUUCUGCAACAGGACAAGACGUCGUCGAAUCUGCACGAAGCCGCUUCGGACUGCGUCUGUUCGGCGCUCUAUGCCAUCGAGAACGUGGAGACCAACCUCCCCCUGGCGCUGCAGCUCUUCCAGGGCGUGCUGACCCUCGAGACGGCCUACCAUAUGGCCGUGGCGCGAGAGGAUCUAGACAAGGUUCUGAAUUACUGCCGGAUCUUUACUGAACUCUGCGAGACGCUUCUGGACAAAAUCGUUUGCACUCCAGGCCACGGCCUAGGGGAUUUGCGGACUAUCGAGCUGCUGUUGAUCUGCGCGGGUCACCCACAGUAUGAGGUGGUGGAGAUUUCCUUCAACUUCUGGUACCGGCUGGGGGAGCAUCUCUACAAGACGGAAGACGCCGUCAUCCACAGCAUCUUCAAGGCCUACAUUCAGAGACUGCUCCAUGCCCUGGCGCGGCACUGUCAGCUGGAUCCGGACCACGAAGGAAUUCCCGAGGAGACGGAUGACUUCGGAGAGUUCCGGAUGAGGGUGUCUGAUCUCGUGAAGGACCUGAUCUUCCUUGUUGGCUCUGUAGAAUGUUUUGCUCAGCUUUAUGCUACCCUAAAAGAAGGAAACCCUCCUUGGGAAGUGACGGAAGCUGUGCUCUUCAUCAUGGCCUCGAUAGCCAAGAGCGUUGACCAGGAGAACAACCCGACGCUGGUGGAGGUGCUGGACGGGGUGGUGCGCCUGCCUGAAUCGGUGCACUUGGCUGUCCGCUACACAAGCAUCGAGCUGGUCGGCGAGAUGAGCGAAGUGAUAGACAGGAACCCCCAUUUCCUUGAUCCGGUGCUCGGCUUUUUGAUGAAGGGUCUCUGCGAGAAAUCGCUGGCCUCGGUUGCUGCCAAAGCCAUUCACAACAUCUGCGCCGUGUGCCGGGACCACAUGGCCCAGCACUUCAGCGGCCUGCUGGAAAUCGCCCGGUCCCUGGACUCCUUCAUGCUCUCGCCGGAGGCCGCGGUCGGGCUCCUUAAAGGGACUGCGUUGGUGCUGGCCCGGCUUCCGCUGGAGAAGAUCUCAGCGUGUCUCAGUGAACUUUGUGCCGUUCAGGUGGUGGCGCUGAAAAAGCUGCUCUCUCAGGAGCCGAGCAACGGCCUCUCCUCAGACCCCACCGUACCCCUCGAUCGCCUUGCUGUUAUAUUUAGGCAUACCAACCCUAUUGUAGAGAAUGGACAGACACAUCCGUGCCAAAAAGUCAUCCAGGAGAUCUGGCCAGUCCUGUCAGAGACCCUGAACAAACACCGUGCCGAUAACCGCAUCGUGGAGCGCUGCUGCCGUUGCCUGCGCUUCGCCGUCCGCUGCGUCGGGAAAGGCUCGGCAGCUCUCCUGCAGCCGCUGGUCACGCAGAUGGUGGGCGUCUACCAGGAGCACCAGCAUUCCUGUUUCCUCUACCUGGGGAGUAUCCUGGUGGAUGAAUACGGGAUGGAAGAGGGCUGUCGGCAGGGGCUGCUUUCUGGAGGCAAUGCCUUGUGCGUCCCCACAUUCCGGCUCAUCGAGCAACCGAAUGGCCUCCAGAACCACCCUGACACUGUGGACGACCUCUUCCGGCUGGCAACGAGGUUCAUCCAGCGCAGCCCGAUCACGUUGCUCCGCAGCCAGGUCAUCCUCCCCAUCUUGCAGUGGGCCAUCGCCGCCACCACCCUGGACCACCGCGAUGCCAACUGCAGCGUCAUGAAGUUCUUGCGCGAUCUCGUCCACACGGGAGUGGCCAACGAUGUGAGUGGCGGGCAGGGGGAGGGGGGCCGGGGCGUGUCUGAGUCUCACACCUUUUGUCGCUGGUUGGAGAACUCGCUGAAGGGCUUACCAAAGGAAACCACGGGGGGAGCCAUGCAAGUGACGCACAAGCAGCUAACGGACUUCCACAAGCAGGUCACAAGCGCCGAGGAGUGCAAACAGGUUUGCUGGGCUCUGCGGGACUUCACCAGGCUGUUCCGGUAGCGUGUGCCGCCUUCUGUCUGCCUGUCUCCCAGGACUGUCUUAUUUUCAGAAGAGGAAAUAAAACACAACCAAGACUCUGUCCCACAACCAGCAAACUUCAUUGUGGCCGAGGGCUCUGACUCGCUCUGGGGUGUCCCGCCAAACCGGAAGAGACGCAUCGCCGCGAGAUCGAGUCGGUGAAGUUCCUGCUUGUGAGUGAGAGAGAGAAAGAGAGAGAAAGGAAUAAAAAAGGGGGGCGCAACAUAUCCGCGACUUACGAGAUGGCUGCAGCCGACCGACGGCAUCGCGGGGGGAGGGGAGCUGCUUUCCAGAUGGACUCGCUUAACAAACAAACAAAAAAAGAAAAAGAAAAAAAAAGGAAUAAAGGUGUUUUAAAAAAAAAGAGCAAACCAUGAAACGAUAGAAAACUAAUUUGCCUGGCAGCAAAGCAAGGAGAGAGAGAGAAAAAAAAAAGCAAAGUAGAAAACUUUCUGUGAAAUGAAAAUAAUUUCUUAAGGAUCCAUGGGGAUUAAAAAUCUUAUCUGUCUAGCAAACCCUGAGUCUGCCCUGCAGGGGGGGGGGAAGGAACGAAAGAAAGGGGAGUGUCCGUAUUUUUGUUUUUGUUGCAAACUCCUUCCCAGUUUCCAGAGCUCUGCUUCUCCUCCUCCCCAGAUCCAAAAGGAAAGAUUGCUUGAAACUGGUAACUGCCACGGGGCGCGAAAUCUUUGGGGUGGGCCGGAGGAAGGCAGUCUUGCUCUCUGUCCCCAAGGGAGGGUCUGCAAAGGGGGGUGCCGCUCCUCUCUGGGGCCCCCCCUUGCCGCGUAGCUGACUUCGAUAAACUGUUAUAAUAUAUAUUAUAUUAUAUAUAUUUUUUUCUUUUUUAGUUGAUUUGGAUUUUUUGAAAUUUUGGUUUCAAUUUGUUUGGGAUAUUUUUUUUUAAAAAAAAACUGGGGCAGGGGAGAGGGAGGGGGACUCUGGAAAGGACGAGGAUGGGCAGGCUACUUCGCCGAACCGAUCUGGCUGCGACUCGGGUGGGGUGGGGAGAGUCACGGGCCCUGCGCAGAUGUCAAGACAGGAGGGGGUGCUGUUCCGUCUGGUGUUGUAACCAUCUCGAGAACAAGGAAGAAAAAAAUAAAAAUAAAACCACACACACAAAAAAAAGAAAUAAAAAACGAUAAAAAGUUUUAAAAACGG